GGAAACAGGGUUUGUACUUUUCAAACACGCUUCUAGUUGACAGGGACAGAAAUAAAUGGUUUUUGAUUUCUUUAGAACUCUUGUAUAAAUGGUAUCACUAUCCGCAAUGGUAAAACUAUUAGAAAGUCGACAUUAAGAACACGAGUAGCGUGUUCCGCACAUGAAUGCCAUACAUAAGUUUUAUUCCAAGCAGAGUACAAUGAAAGAAUGUCUCAAGUCAGUGAUGGAUCUGUGUGGACAUUACACCUUCAUGACGUAGCAACUAGCUUGUACUGAAAACCUUGUUGACUUGCUUGAGUCUUAAAAGAAAAGGUGAUGGUUAUCAUCUCUUCUAAUGGAAAAACCCAAGACCCAACCUACGGGCUGAGGAUUUUGUCAUAACUUGGACUAUGGUGCAGCUUACUGCGUGAAUAGUUUUCUCGAGAUGCAACAAAACUGGACCGGACAUGGCAGGAGGUGUUUCCAUGGCAACCGGGGGCCGAAGAGGGAGAGCGAGAGAGGGUCAAUCUAGAGGAGUGUCCUGUUUGAUUUAACCUGCCUGCGUCCCUCAAACAGACAUAGAUGUUCUGGUCUCUACAAGACUGAGCUGACGUCUGUUGUCCGAAAGAGACUUCUCAUUUUCUUUACUGCACUUUGAUCUUUCAGCCCGUGCUGUCCGAGAAGACUUGUUGGAUAUCUUAAUAGGACGAGAGAGUUUCCCGGAUUCUGUCAGCACAUCUAUGUGGGUUGUGGAGAAGAUCCGCGAGUCAAUGGAGAACUCCAUUCUGCCCGUCUCAUCAACAGAAUUCAGCUUCAAGAUCGGAGACAUUAUGUUUGGGGACAAAUCGGACAGACCCAGAAGGAUUUCCCUCUUCCCGAAUGUCAUCACCCCUGACAACAUCCCAGAGUUCUGCAUCCCUCCAACCAUCCCGUCCUUGCAGGAAAUAAAGAACACGGACCGGGGUUCCCGUCUGGUGAAACUGAUCGGCUACGAGAAGCCCGCUGUGGAGGUGACCCGGUGCGAGCCUAGGAAUUCGCACAUCAUACAGGUGGAAAGCGUUGAUGAGGGCUGCAGUGACGAGGAGACCACCAACGCGGAUCCUCACAGCCAGGCCGCCUUGUCCCUCCCUCACAUGGCCAAAGCUCAGACCUGCUACGGGUUUUGCACCUUACUAGAGAGCCCACACACCCGGAGAAAGGAGUCCCUCUUCCAUGCCGACCCGGGCUCCUCUCCCCUGCUGCUUCCCAGGAGUCGAUCCGCGACAUGCUCCAAAGCCAACCCACCCCCACCGUCUUCCCCUUCCUCCUUUAGCCUCAAUACUCUGUCCUCCAGGCUCUCCUCGAGAGGACACAGCCCCAACUGGCUAGGCACUAUGGACAGUGACACCACAUCCUCCACGGAGUCGUCCCCGUUCAGCUCGCCCCUGCUGACCAGGUGCCCCGCCAAGUCGUCCCUCUUUAAGGCACUGAGCCACGAACUACUGCUGUCAAGGAACAUGAGGAAGGCCAUGGUGUCCAGGAACAAUUCCCUGUCCACAGAUGAGGGCAGCUCCACGGACAACAGCCCCAACGUGAUGAGGAGGGCGUCCGAGGGCUUAGUGGAGGGCCUCCCUAGCUGCUACAGACUGGCACCACCCACCAUCUUUCCCAUGGACUUGACCCUGCACAGGGAGAGGGUAAUGAAAGAAAGAAUGGUGCCCGUGGGGAAAGACGGCAGCCUGAGACUCUCAUCCGAGUACUGCCCAGACAACCAAAGACUGCGAGUCCGCCUGAUCAGCGCGGAGGGCCUGUACCCUCUCUCCGUGGACCCCAAGAUCAUUAACUGCAGCGUCAGCCUCUCGCUGAUGCCGGGGAAAGUUCAGAAGCAACGCAGCACCGUCAUCCGAAAGAGCCGCAAUCCCAUCUUCAACGAAGAUUUCUUUUUCGACGCGAUCUCGGAGGAAGACCUCAGUGUGCGCUCUCUUCGGUUCAAAGUGGUCAACAAAAUGUCCACCCUGAAACGAGAUUAUCUGCUGGGGAGUUGUGAUCUGCCUCUUUGCACUAUUGUCACCGUCUGAGCCAUUAGUACUUCCAUGCCUCAUUAUCACUACUGUAUUAUUUAUUUCAAUUCUUUUCUAAUGUGAUAUAACAUUUUAUAAUGAAUAAAUUAUGAGAA